AGUGAACAUGUUGUACGCUGCUUACGCAACGUUGAUUCAAAGGUUGUGUACAUUGAUCAGAGCGAUGACGUUGUGACUUCAGGCGGUUUCGAGCUCCCCAGCGUCCGACUGACAGAGGAGCCUCCCCAGGUCUGCCACCAUGAGCUUCUGACGUCUGCAUGUCCAUUCAUCACUAUGGGUGGUGCCGCACUGGCCGUGGUGGUCAUAGUGGUCUUCUUCUUGGCCCUGUACCUCCUCCAGCGCUAUGGAGACUUGCGGAAGCAGCAGCGGAUGGUGCUGUUCGGGACGCUGCUCUCCUGGUACCUCUGCUUCCUCAUCGUCUUCAUCCUGCCUCUCGAUGUCAGCACGACCAUCUACAGGCAGUGUGUUCUUGACAAGUCAAACCACCCAACUAUUGUACCUCAAGCGAGACAAACCAAUCUGACUGAGGACGGCUCCUCUCUUUAUCCACCUGUAAGUGUACUGAAGGAGUGUGAGGAGCCUUGGAGUUAUAUUCCAGAUGGUGUCCUACCAGUGUUUUGGAGAGUUGUGUACUGGACCUCUCAGUGUCUAACUUGGCUGCUGUUGCCCUUCAUGCAGUCUUAUGCUCGGUCUGGAGCGUUCUCCAGAGUUGGGAAGAUAAAAACAGCUCUAAUUGAAAAUGCAGUCUAUUAUGGCACCUACCUCCUGAUCUUCAUCUCUCUGCUCAUCUACGCGGCUGCUCACCCUGAGUGGAAACUCACAUGGAAGGACCUCCAGACCAUCGGUAUCACAGCUGCCAACACGUGGGGUCUCUUCCUUCUGGUGCUGUUGCUAGGCUAUGGCCUGGUGGAGAUCCCGCGUUCUUAUUGGCUUUCGUCUUCCAAUGGUUACCUGCAGGCCAAGACUUACUUCAAGGCAGCAAAAAUGGUGACUGAGAAGGCGGAAGCUGAGGAGAACCUAGAAGAUGUUAUGGGGGAGGUGGCAGUUGUCCAUGCAGCUGUCAGGCACAACCACUCUCUCAGGAAGUGUGUGGACACUAUUUUGACAAAGUGUCCCCCUGAAUAUCAAGAGGAGAUGGGGAUAACCGUGGAAAACUCUGGUGACCUUCCCACCAAAAGAGCACUAAUUAGUCUUCAUAAAAAGGUUAUCACUGCAGUGCAGAGACACUGUCAGACUGGGGUUCAGUGGUCAAUCUUGUUAGACCAGGCUCUUUACCUGGAGGAUGUAGCUAAAAGCUCGAGCAGCCCGGUGCGACACUUUGUGCACAGCUUCCCCUCGGGGCACGGCCACAGCUGGAUCCGCAGGUUCUUCUACACGCCCACUUUGGAGUGGUACUGGGAGUGUGUUUUGAGACAGGGCGUCUACAGGCUGCUGGCUGUGCUCCUCUGCCUCCUCUCGGCAGCAGUGGUCUGGUCCGAGUGCACCUUCUUCAGCACACAUCCUGUCCUCUCUCUCUUCGCUGUCUUUAUUCAGAUGGCUGAAAAACAAUACAACUACAUCUACAUUGAGAUGGCGUGCUUCAUCACUAUCUUCUUCCUGUGUGUGUGCGUCUACUCCACCGUGUUCAGGAUCCGAUUUUUUAACUACUAUAUCCUGGUGCCACAUCACCAGACCGAUGCCUACAGUCUGCAGUUUAGUGGCAUGUUGUUUUGUCGUCUCACUCCUCCUUUGUGCCUCAACUUUCUGGGCUUGAUUCACAUGGACUCUGCCAUCUCGCACCAGGACAGAAUACAGACUUCCUACACUUCUAUCAUGGGCUCUAUGCGCGUGCUCUCGUUCAUAUCGGAUGGGUUCUACAUCUAUUAUCCCAUGCUGGUCUUGCUGCUGUGCUUUGCAUCUUUUUACAACCUGGGCUCUCGCUGUUUGAACCUCCUGGGCUUCCAUCAGUACAUGACUGACAAUGACUUGACCUCUGACCUUGUGGAUGAAGGCAAGGAACUCAUCAGAAGAGAGAGAAGGAAAAGACAGAAAGCUGAAGAUGGAGAAAGUCGAAGAUGGGCCUGGAGGGAGCAAUAUGGGGCCCAGGGGGCAGCUGGGCGGAGCAGAGCUGGUUACACUGAUUUAGAGAACAACCAGAACAGCCCUGUGACUGAGAUCAAGAAAAGUGAUUUCACCUUCAACAGAAGAGAUGUGGAGACGGCGGAGCAGCAGAGAGGUUUACUGCAGGACCACUCCAGUGAUGAAGAUUCCCCAAACAGAAGUAGAUCUACAGGAGGACAUUACAAGUCUCUGUCAUCUUCUCGGACGAACAUCUUUGACGAAGUUUGACGAUGUGGACUGAGGACGUUGAGCAAAAGUAAAAAAGUAGCACCUGCUGAAUAUAACAACGAUGAUAGAUUUUUUUUUUUCCCUGAAGAAAGUCUACAUGUAAAGGAUUUAUCUCAGGAAAUAUGAAGGACACGAAUGUAUCUGGGACAUUUUGGUAUUAUGAAGUAACAGAUCACAGUAAAAAUUCUGAGAGGAUUUCAUAUCUGGAGUUUAUAACUGGUUGAAGAGAUGAAUACAUGUACAGGAAUAUUCCUCAAGUAAAGCUUUAACCUAUUUGUGCACAGCCAAACCUUUUGAUAUUAACUUUUGAGUAGAUUUGUUUCAUAAGCAGACAGAUGAAUGGAUAAGAUUCAUCCAUCCAUUCCUUUUCUACAUCGCUUAUCUGUGGGUCAAAGGGAAACUGCAGUCAAACCCGGCGGACUUUGGGGGAAGAAAUGCUGUUGAGUGUUCACACUGGACGGGUCGAUCCCAGGACUGACAUCCUGAGAGAAAGGACAAUUUUCACUCACAGUCACACCUACAGGCAAUUUAGACCGGUGGGAUUGUGGGAUGAAGCCUGAGCACCUGGAGGAAACCCCCUCAACCACAGGAAGAACAUGCACACUCCUCACAAAGGGGUUCAUGCCGGCUGGCAGAUAUAAUUCAGAACCCAAAACGUGUUAUUCAAUUUCAAAGUUUUGUGUUCAUGGUCUUUAUGUUGAGGAUAAUAUUUUUUAAACUAUUUUUGCCAAUUACCUUUGUCCUCUGUUUGAUUAUAAAUGACUUAAAAUGUGUGCACUUUAAGUACGGUAACUGUUGGCUGAAAAAAAAGAAGAGCAAAGAGCGAAUUGUGUGAAAGUAUGUCAAAUUGUGGCAUUGGAUUUUCAACUUUAACUCCCUCCUCAUGUCUUUCACUAUCUGUAUUUUUAUAAAAUAGAUGUUUUUUUUCAAAGUUGAAGUUAACUUGAAUGGUAUUUGACUGAAAAAAAAAUAAAAUGCAAGAGAUCAUUUUGUGAA